GCCUCGGGCUCCCUGGGCUGCGCCCUUGGCGGGAGCCUCUGGGUCGGCGACCCCGGGAUAGACAGGAGGUGGGGGGGGGCCGGGGCUGCUGGUGGUCUCAGAGCGCCGGCCAGGAGCCCGUGUCUGUGCGUGGGGUCACCUCCCCGUCCCGCGCCGCCCCAGACCCACCGGGACCCCCAUCCUGCACCAGCCACCCCCACCCCAUAAGCACCUGUGGGGACCAGGAGGGAGGGCUCGGAGGCCCCGCCCCUCAGACAGCCGGCCUGGGGGCCGCAGGGCCCUCGGGAUGACGUGGCUGUUCUCCUGAAACUUCUCUAUUCUGGGCGCCGCUUAGAAGCAGCCUGCCUCCCCGGCCCGCACUUCCUCUGCUAGACCUCGGCUCACCACCCCGUGGGCGCCGUGGGGACGGGGGUGCCGCGAGCUAGGCUGUUAGGUUUGGAAAGUAGCGAGGCCCGUGGCUGCCAGCUCUGGUGCUUCUUGUCCCCGUGCUCAACUGCCCAGCCUCCCGGCCGCCUGUGUCCCUCUCGGGUCUCGCUGUAGGCCAGCCCUUCUCCCCAGACGGACGGGAGGGGGCGGGGCCGGCUGCCCUGGGGCAGCGAGAGUCCGGGCGGGAACGGGGGGGCCCCAGGGCCCCAGGUGCCCCUUCACAGCCCCCGCACCUGCCCACUCGCACACGUGUGCACACUCACAUCUGCCCACUCACGUGUGUGUGCACACGUGAGCUCUCAUACACUCACACAUGCACACCCCCUGCAAACACACCCCUGGCACGGAGCCGUGGGCCUGUGGCUGGGCCUGUGGUGUCUGCGGAGGGGCUCUGGCCCUCCCGGCCUCUUGACUCGAACCGGCUGAUCCAGAAGCUUCGCUUAAAAGUGGAAGGUGUCUCAGCGGCUGCCGCCCCUUCUGAGAGCUGGCCCUGAGGCUCGGUCCUCCCAGCCCCCGGCCCCGCGCGCCGUUACCGGGCUGGGCUGUGCGCGACAGGAGGAACAGUCCUGGAGGCGCCGUCGGUGCCCCGAGUGAACAAGCGUCACGUUCCGCCACGCUCGCCUGCCGUGGCUCAACGUGAAACCUGGCAAACCUGCGGAAAAGUGGACCCGCGCCCCUGACCGGGUCAAGGGCCAUCCGCAAACGCACGUGGCUGUUGCACCGAGCGAGACGUCGGGGUGCAUCCGAGCGCGUGGGCGCGCGGCCAAGCCAGUGUCCCUGUCGCGCCCGGCGCACUUGGUGCCGAUCGAGUGUCGCUGUCGGGCACGUCUCCGUGGCCGCGGCGCGUCCGCUCGGGCGUCUGUGGAGCUGGGACUUCGGGGGUGGGGCCGCUCACCUGUGGCUGGUGGCAGGGACCCCGCGCGGGGCACGGAGCCGGUGCGCCCCGGGGAUCUCCUCGCCGGUCUCCCGUUGCACAGGUGGAGAGACUGAGGCCACAGAGAGGCCCGGCCGAGCUCCAGCCCCUGAGGGUCUCGCCUUUGCCUUCCAGAUCCCGACUGGGCCUCCUACACCCUGGGGGUGUUCAUCUGCCUGAGCUGCUCGGGAAUCCACCGGAACAUCCCCCAGGUCAGCAAGGUGAAGUCAGUCCGCCUGGAUGCCUGGGAGGAGGCCCAAGUGGAGUUCAUGGCCUCCCAUGGAAAUGACGCUGCGAGAGACGCGUAUGAGUCCAAAGUGCCUCCCUUCUACUACCGGCCCACGUCCUCUGAUUGCCAGCUCCUGCGGGAGCAGUGGAUCCGGGCCAAGUACGAACGGCUGGAGUUCACCCACCCGGAGAAGCAGGAGCCGUACUCUGCAGGAUACCGAGAAGGCUCCCUCUGGAAGCGAGGCCGGGACAACGGGCAGUUUCUAAGCCGGAAGUUUGUGCUGACUGAGCGAGAGGGGUCCCUGAAGUAUUUCAACAGAAAUGAUGCCAAGGAGCCCAAGGCCGUCAUGAAGAUCGAACAUCUGAACGCCACCUUCCAGCCGGCCAAGAUCGGCCACCCCCAUGGCCUGCAGAUCACCUACCUGAAGGACAACAGCACCCGCAACAUCUUUGUCUACCACGAGGACGGGAAGGAGAUCGUGGACUGGUUCAACGCGCUCCGCGCGGCCCGCUUCCAUUACCUGCAGGUGGCGUUCCCGGGCGCCAGCGACGCCGACCUGGUGCCAAAGCUCUCCCGGAACUACCUGAAAGAAGGAUACAUGGAGAAAACCGGGCCCAAGCAAACAGAAGGCUUCCGGAAGCGCUGGUUCACCAUGGACGACCGGAGGCUCAUGUACUUCAAAGAUCCCCUGGACGCCUUUGCUCGCGGGGAAGUCUUCAUCGGCAGCAGGGAGAGCGGCUACACGGUGCUGGACGGGCUCCCACCGUCCACCCAGGGCCACCACUGGCCACACGGCAUUACCAUCGUGACACCGGAGCGCAGGUUCCUGCUGGCCUGUGAGACGGAGUCAGAGCAGCGGGCGUGGAUGGAGGCUUUUCGGAAGGUCGUGGACAGACCCAUGCUGCCCCAGGAGUACGCAGUGGAAGCCCACUUCAAGCAUAAACCCUAACAAGAGCUGGUCGUGGAGGCCGAGGGAGCUGGACUCACGGGAAACGCCACCGAAGAGUCAGCAGCCAGAGGGGGCCGGUGAUGGAGGACAGGCCUCCUGGCCCCCACCCUCAGGGGCAGCCCUGGACGUGGCCAGGCGGGGCCUGUGCUCUAGCCACUAAGACUCGUUUCUCCGGAGCCUCACUGCAGGCCGGCUGACCUGACCUCUGCCCCCAUCAUGCUGCUGCCCAUGGAUGUGACCCUGCCCACCCCCCCAACCCCACCCCCCCGUCCACUGGACCACCCUUCCUCGGGGCCUGGGCCCAGCCUCCUGGCUCAGGGCAGCCCAGCGGCCCCUCACCAACUCACCCUGCCCCCUGCCCACCAGAGCAGGACCCUGCCCGAGCAGGAGGCUGGGCUGUGGGGACAGCGGGCAGCCUGCAUGCCUCCCCUCCGGCCCCUCCUACGUAUCCCCUCAACAAGUAUUUAUUGAGCACCUGCUGUGUGUCAAUUGUGCGGUCCUGGGUGCUGGCACGGGGACACCGUCCUCGUCCUCAGGGAGCUGACCUGGCAUGUACACGAGGGUCUGGGGGGCAGAGGCCCCAGUGAGCUGUAACACCCCGGGUCGGGGUUUCAGGCCUGCCUACCUGCUGGGCACCUGGAUGGGGGAGGAGAAUGAAGGGUCAGCUCUGGUCUGCUGCCGCUGGGCACGGACUGGUGACCCACCCCGCCACCUGGAAGACAGAGGCAGAGCUUGCCCCCCGCAGGACCCCAGUGUGCCGUUGGCCAGACGGUAGUUACAUCCGCCAAGCCUCGUCCCGGGGGCGCCCUGGCUCUGCCCACCCUUGGCGGAGGGGGGGGGGGGGCGGAAUGGAGGAGCGUGUGCAGGGCACGGGCUACCAGCUGGGUGAUCCGGGUGACCCUCACCCCUGUCCUGCCUGGACCAGCCCUUGAGGGGACUGGAAAAGAGUCCCCAAGGGAGGGUGUCCUGACCCAUCACACCAACCCUCACAUCCUAUCCUAAAGUGGCCAUUUAUGUCAGAGGCUGGGGGGGGGGGCUCUGGGUCCCAGGAAGAUCUACCCACUGGCCUCAGGCACAUGGCAGGAAGUGGGGACACCUCCAGGGGGAGGGUGUCCAAGGGCCUCUGCCUGUCCUCGUGGGCCCGGCUCCCACCACCUGUUCUCCCCUCUGCAUCUGAGCACACGGCCCGCCAGCUCGGACCCCGGCACGCCCGAACAGGGGCGCGGCUGCAGGGUCAAGAGGGAGUGCGAGGCUGCACCACGCCCCCCGCCGUCUCAACCCUGACCCUACUGCGCAGAGGCUGCGGGGUAGGGGUCCCCCCAGACAGCUGGGCUGGGGGUGAGGCCAGCCAGAGGUCAGCCAGGGCCACUGCCAGAGUCCCAGAGACCCCACCUGGCCCAGGAGAGACCAUCCACUGGCCCUGCUCCUCCCCAGCUGUGCUGCGACACCAUAAGCCACCGUCACUGGUCCGUCUUCCCCAAGGAAACGAGGAGGUCUCCUCCAAGGUGGAACGGGUAACCUCGUGGUCCCCUCCCCGAGUGGCCAGCGGCCCAGGCCACAAGUCCUCCGGGACUGGUAGUCUAGACCCUCUCUUGGCCCGGAGGCAGAGGCGUUGUGCCCCUUUCAACAGGAAACAAGUUCACCACUGGCGGGAACAAUUUCCGAAACAAGGUAGGAAACUCAUGGUCCACAAAGGGUGUCACCGAGCUUACCUCACAGACGUCCGGGUGACGGGCCGCUCGUAGUCCGGGUGCCGGGCUAGAGGCCGGCUCGGGGCUGGCGGUCGUGGUGGCCUCUGCUCCCUCGUGCCGUACGGCGGAGACAUGGGGACACAAGGCCCGCCCGGCUGCAGGCGCCGCUCACAACUGCCCGGUAAAAGGGCCGCACCCGCGGGGGACGCGGGUCUCCGUGUGCUGAGGGUCCAGGCAGACGCCACCGCCGGGGGACGUGGGCGCAGGCAGGACAGCAGCUGUACAGGGGUGCUGUGCUUCCCGGCAGAACCGCACAGAAAAACCGCCGUGCCGCUCAAACUCCCCUCACGCCGACUGCGCUGGGCGCGCGUUGUAGUUCCGGAACAAACGUCACGGCAGGAGCCAGGCGCCCGUGGUGGGCUCGGACCCUGCACUUCAGAGCCAACCCGUACCACCACCUGCUCCGGAGAGCCACGCCGGGCAGCUGGGGGGGGCCCCGGCGUGGCCUGUCCCCACCUCCCCCGCGGCCUGUCUGUGGUGUCUCCACAUCUCCACACGCACCGCCACGUGUCUACACCAGAGCCACGAGACCUGCGACCGGCCGCGCGUGGCCAUCC